UGUAAGUGAAGAUGUUAAUUUAAUUUUAUAAAAUAACACGUUCUAAAACACUUUCUUUAUAUUUGUAUAGGAGCACCCAGAUGCGCAUUUUGUUGAUACUUGGAGGGAUAUUCAUAUGAAAAAAUCGACAAAAACUUUUGUCAACGAGGCAGCCCGAAAAGAUUAUGAAAAAAUGGCAGUGGAGCUUGAGAGGUCACAGCUUGAAAGACAGUCUCAACAUCAGAGUGAGGGGUUUGGUACUGAAUAUAGCAUUGAUUCGUCCGCGGUCAAUCAAUACGAGAUACUAAGUAAAGUCCUCGGGGAGAGAUCUGACUACCAAAGAGGAGUGGGUUAUAGGGUGAAAGGGAAAGGGAAAGGGAGAAAGUCAACCUCCAGCUCUACAAAUCAAAGUCAGUCCCAAGCACAUACUGCUUCUACGCCUCAUGAAUAUAUGACUACUAUGGCUCUAAUGAUGAAGGAAAUGCGUGAGAUGAUUCAGAUGAUGACACCUCAGAAACCCAGUAAUCUGUAUGACCCACGAUUUGACAGCUUUCUACAGAGGUAUUUGCCAUCACAAUCUGAAGGUGGUACGUCUUCUCAGAGUAACACCACCCAUCCUGACCUUCAUAGACCACCACAACAACAGUACCAGUCUCCUCCACAGUAUCCACCAUAUAUGUCGUCGCAACAACCUCCGCAGUAUCAAAAUCAAUACAUGUUUGGACGCUCUUCCCAGUCUCCUCCACUCUAUUUUAACUUUAUCGACUUUCCAGGAGGAUCGAUGCAGCAUCCACAUCCUAAUCUUAGGUAUGGUGAGGUUGGGGGUUCGUCUCAAUAUCAACCAUUUUCUCGGUAUGAUGAACUUGGGGGUUCCUCGCAGCAGCAACCAUCUUUUAGAUAUGGUGAGUUUGGGGGCGGAUCGCAGCAACAAAAGCAACCGUUUUUAUCCACCCUUAUAUGCCCACAGCCUCAGGAUCAGUUUGGGGACCUCACACUUGGAUGAUCUUCACAGCAGGCUUAUAUUCCUUCAUUGCCACAACCACAACCACUGCCACAGGCACAACCACCACCACAGCCACAGCCACCGCUACCGCCAUAGCCACUGCUACAGCCACAGCAGAAUGUUGAAGAUAAGUAGAAUUACCCACUUAACCUUAAUGAUUAUAUUUAGUGAUUAGUGUAUGUAUUUUGA